CUUUCUUUCAAGGUAGCCCUGGUGACAACACCCGACUUUUUAAGGGUAAUAGACAGUCAACUUGGAUCUUUUGACUGUUGCGUGACUUGUAGAGCCGUACAAGGUACGGUACCGUUCUGGUAGCAGUGUGCCAAUAAUGAGGACCAAGAGACUAUCUUGGUACCGGUACGGUAGCCACUAGAGUACUAGAGUGCUAUUUAUUUACUAGAGUGCGAUUGAGAGUUAGAUAUUAGAAGAUUGAGAGAAACGGAGAAUCCAUUCAUCGGUGCAGCUGGUCUUAUCCUUGCCCGAUACCGGUACCCCACCUCGUCAGCAGUUAGGCGCUGUUCCGAAUCUUCCCAAGUAUCGUGGGUAUCAUGACCGAGGAAGCGAUAGAAGCGUCAGGUCAACUUCCUACCGAGCAGCCACCUGAAGUAGAAGCGAAUGCUGCUGCCGGUGAAAAUAACAAUCUAUCUCCCGACGAAGAAUGGCAAGAUCUACUACAGCAACCACAACAACAAGAACCAACAAUCCCUGCCAAUAUUCGUUUGGUGACGGAUGAAUCGGCCCUUUCGCUGUCACUGAACGCCAUUCGGUUGGCAGUCUUUUGCGAUAGCGUUACGGCGACUGUUUUGGACCCCAACUAUGCCUUUAUGGCCUAUCCGAAAGCACACAAAGAUUCGUUCACGAGUACAGAACCGUUUGGAUUCAAUGGCGCCACUUACUUUUUGGCCAUGACGGCACUGCUCGGGUCGGCCAUUGGUGGCACUAUUACUGGCACUGUCUCGGAUAGGAUUGGCCGAAAGCCAUGCAUCCUGAUUUGUCUUUUCGUUGGUGCCGUCGGUGCCAUUGCCAAUUACUUGGCACGCAAAUCCUUUUGGGGGUUUUGUGUCGCCAAUUUUGCACAAGGACUCUUUUCCGGGAGUGCCGCCGUGGCCAUGGCCUAUGUCAGCGAUGUCAAGACCACUCGAAAGGAAAAGGACGAGGAAAUUGGGAUCAUCGUGGCAUUGGCAAUGUUGGGGACCAGUGGGGGUGGAAUAUGUGCCAUUUUGAUGGAAAGUCAAGGGCUGUUUACGCCACUCUUUGUGGGUGCAGCUCUCAAUGUGGUCGCCGGCAUUUUUGCCGUGUAUUGUGUGAUUGAGCCCAAAAAGAUGCUGUUUGUGGGAUCUCAAACAGAGCAAGAUGACGAAGACGAAGAGCAGAAUGCGCCCACUGAAAUCAACAAGGGGCUACUCACCAAUAUCAUUGCCGGAGCGCUGGCAGACAACAUUGGCAGCGCGGGAUUGCUACCGCUUGCCAUGUCCCCGUUGGCAUUUACCAAGUUCUAUGUGGUCUUUCUCGAACAGGACCUGGCUCCCCUCAUGACUCAAUCUGCCUUCAAAUGGAUCUCUGUCAUGGUAGCGCUGACAGUGAUCCCUGGUGCUGCCUUUUCACAGAUUGUCUUUGACAAAAUUGGAGCUGCCGGGGGUUGUGUGGCAGGAAAUGUCAUUACAGGCAUUGUCACCAUCAUUUGCCUCUUUGUGGCAUAUAUUGAACCCGCCACCAAGGGGACCUACGCAGGAUUCAUUAUUGCCUUUUACGUUGGAUUUCCCUUUACGGUUCUCAGCCAACUUUCGACGGGCCCCAUGCUGGAUACGAUUGCUCCAGUUCAUCGUCGCGGACUUAUCCAGGGACUGAACAUUGCCGUCAUGGAUUUUGCUUCCGCCAUUAGUCCGUAUAUCUUGGGAGAAAUGGCCGACAAAGUGGGUAUCCGAGAAACCAUGUGGACUUGCAUCGGCAUUAGUUUUGCGGCCGGACUCAUCAAUCUACCUUUAGUCUUUGUCAAGGCACUCAAAAGAGCUCCGCCUAAACCACCCAAGUACUUGAGAGCCUUAAAGGGAGAAAAUGCGGACGUGGUGGAGUUGGCCAUGAAGGGAGAAUGGGUCCCUGCCAAGGAGUUGGAUGAAAUCAACGACAAACGCAUGAAAAAGGGGGAACCCUGGUUGGUCAUUCCGUACCGUCCGUACGAAGAAGACAAGCAUCAUUUGAGAGUGAUGCGACAGCAAGCUCGUGGUGACUUUCUGUACCUUCGUAGCGACGUAUUGGGUUAUGUCAACAAUCCCGAGUUUGAAGAGGAGGAGAAGCGAGAAGCGUUGGCGGCUCAAUUCAGAAACUCUCGUGCUCCGCCGGAACAACGAGAAGAGCAGGCUCGAGGCUUGUCCAAGUGGUUUGCCGACUACUUGGUGGACAGUGGGUAUUUCGUGGAAGACUCGCCCAUCUUGUAUAAGCAAAUGAUCAUGGCAGCAUUCCCGCCAAUCAACAAGGACGAGGAGAUCACUGCUGAGAAUAUGGAACAAGUCGCAGUUAAUUAUACCCGCGUUCUGAACAAGUACUUGGAUGACAAAGAUUUGACCGGGGCAAGAAAGGCAUUUGCUCACAAGUAUGUUAGCGUGGAUUGCUAGCUAGCUGGUCUUGAAAGCUAUUAAUAGCGAUUGGGAUGCUGGAUCAGGCAAGUCAUUCACACAUACUCCCUCCGAGAAGAGAUCGUUGCAGAUCUCCUUCCAAACCAGAGGAGUGACCGAGUCAUUCUAUUCAUGCAAAUAUGAAUAAAAUGAGUACCUAGCAAGCUGUGGCUGUGUCUAUCUGGCUAGCCACAGAACACGACUCUUUCCCUAAUCGGGGACCAAGAAGUAGUUGGUAGCUUGUGCAGAUGGCAUUGCUUCAAAUCAUCUAUCUGCUGGCUAGAAGUCACGUUGUGGAUGGUUUGUAGUAGAGUUACAGUAGUUUAGCAUUAUAGUAAUAAUGGUACAGUUGUAGGAA